AUGGUUUCAGACGGACAGAACAAAGAUGACCUGAAGGCCGAGACCGGAGGAAUGGCACGGUCGGCCGAAAAGGUCAAGGAGGAAAACGCGGAUCAAGUUGAGAAGAGAAGUGACGAAGUCAGUCAAAAGGUCACCGAAGGUGGUGGCGCCGUCAGCAGCAACGAGCUGAUCGACGAGGGAAAGGUCAAACAGGAUGACCUUUCGGAAAACUCACUGUUCUUACAAGAACAGCUGGAAGAGAACGGUACUAGCCCCACGUCAAGUGACAAGUUUUACACUGACGAUGAAGACGAAACGACGGUACAGACGUCUUUCCAUACGGCAAUGAAGGAGGCAAACUUAACGAAAGGGAUGUUUGAUACGACCCUCCAGGACAAGCCAGAAGAGACCUUUGAAGGAAUGGCGUCAGGAAGAGCCGACGACCGGGACCAAAGGUCACCAUCACCAAAAACAUCCGUAAUGAAUGGAUUAAAGCAGCGUGUCAAGGAACUCGAGCAGCUACUUGACGAGAAGGAGAGCCAAGCAUUCGCUGCCAUUCGAGAACAACGGAAUAAAACUAUCGAAGUCGAAGCAAGGCUCUUUGUGAUGGAGCAAGAAAAGGUCACGCUCGAAGACGAAGCGCAACAAUGGAAAGUUAGAUUUGAAGUUCAGAAACAAGCGGCGGAAGAUCUAAGGAAAAUGGUCGAAGAUCGAGACGCGGAAGGCAUACUCACCGCAGAAGAAGACGGUCUGUCCGAGGAAGCAGCUGAAAGGUCACAGGAAAUAGCAGAAUUGAAAAAUGAGCGUGACCUUUUACAGUCAAAGGUCAAGGAGGCCGAGAAAAAACGUGACGAAUCUCUAGCAAAUGCGACGAAGUUCACCGGAAAGGUCACCAGCUUGACGGCUGACAUCUCGAAACUGAAGGAUGACCUUAAAUUACGCGAAGACCUUGUCAACACGUUACAAACAGAAUUAAAAGAGAUGAAAAGGAAACACAACGAAGCGGAAAGCCAGAGAGAUCAAGCAGCAAAGGAACUGCUUGAACUGGCUGAAAUAACAAAAACUGAAUUCAAGCGACUCAAUGACGAAAUCGACAACCAAAAGAAAGAAGCAAAAAAGUGGUUGAAGGAAGCACAACGGUGUGACGAACGGGUCACUGUGCUAGAGGUCGUGAAUAAAGAAGGAAAGACAGAAAAUGAAAAACAAAAAGAAGAGAUCGCCAAAUUGAGCGAUGAAUCAGUCGGAUUGGCUACUUCCGUAAUGGAAAAGGAUGAUAAAAUUACGGAACUAAAAGCCCAACUGAAAGCAGUUGAGGAAGAGUGCCAAGCGAGAGGAAGGACCCUCGCAGACAGAGCGGAUCGUAUCACACGGUUGGAAGCAGAAGCUGAGAUCCUAAAAGCAGCAAAAAUGGAUCUCGAUAAGACUCUCGAUAACCGAGCAAGUACAAUCCUCGAGCAAAUGAGAAAGGUCACCGAAGCAAACAACGAUUAUGAGAAGCUCAGGAAAGACGCAAACGAAACCGUAAAGCAGCUGCAGCAGACAGUCAAACAAAGAGAGGAAGAAAUUAAAACUUUAAAACUGGUCGGCAAAACAAAAGGAAGGAGAGGCAAAACAGCCGGAACGGAUCGAAUCUCCACCCCCGGAUAUGGCGAAGUCCACACCGUCGAAGGUAGCUUCCAUUUCCAAGCUCCCUUAAAGACGGGGACUGGCCGAAGCGACGGCCAUGAUGAAGACAAGGUCAAAGCUGAAAAGGUCACCGACGAUACUGAGUUGGCGAAGGGCACUCAGGACCGAUCGGAAAGGGUAGCUCGUGAAGAGGAGAGGCGAGAAAGAGAAUACCGCGCGGAAUACCACGCUGAAGCACAGCGACUCCGUCGCGAAGAACGGGAAUUCAGAGGUUACAUGAGAGCCAUGGCCCGGAAAUCCGCGUUGAUCGACUACAACGGCAACCGAGAAGCUUUACUUGGUUGGAUCCGUCAGGUCAAGGAGACUCAGGAGACGUAUGACCUUUCGGAUGCAGCAAUGAUGCUGAAGUCGCCAACGCAGUCAAAGGGACGCGAAGGCAUGGUUUGA